ACAAUCCGAGUUCUGACCGUUGGAAAUAUCAUUGUUGUGGUGAAGUGAAGUGAUGAUAACUCGUCCGCGGCCCGCAUGACGGGCGCCAUGUGGCGCGCGCUGGUGCCGGCGCUGCUGGUGCUGGCGGGCGGUGCAGGCGGCGACGGCGGCGGCUGCGCCGAGCCGCUGCCGGCGGGGUGCGCGUGCGGCGCGGCGGGCGCGGGCGCGGCGUGGGGCACGCGCCUCUCCUGCCGCGCCGCCGGGCUGCGCGUGCUGCCGCCUCUGCACGCCGCCCUGCUUGAACUGGACCUGUCGCACAACAACAUCACGACGUUGCCGCGCGGCGCGCUGCAGCCGGCCGCCUCGCUGCGCGACCUGAAUUUGUCGGCGAACAUACUGGAGUCCGUGUCGGCGGGCGCGCUGUGCGGCGAGGGCGGCGCGGGCGCCGUGCGGCUGGCGCGCCUCGCGCUCGACGGCUGCGGCCUGCACGCGCUGCCCGCGCAUGCGCUGCGGAAGCUGCACCACCUGCACUACCUGUCGGCGGACGACAACCUGCUGGAGGAGGUGGAGGCGACCGCGCUGGCGGGGCUGCGCGCGCUGCGCUCGCUCCGCCUCGCGCGUAACCGGCUGCGGGCGCCGCCGCGCGCCGCGCUGGCGCACACCAAGCGGCUGGACUUGCUGAACCUAGAGGGGAACCUCAUCUCGGAGCUGGGCCCCGACGCGCUGCCGCCGCUGCCAGAACUAAGGACACUGGUGGUGCGCCGCAACCGCAUCUCGCACGUGGACGAGCGCGCGUUCGCCGGCACCCCGGCGCUGCAGGUGCUACGGCUGGAGGAGAACCUGCUGUCGGAGGUGCCGGCCGCCGUGCAGCUGCUGCCCCAGCUCCGGGACCUGUCGCUGGCAAGCAACCGCGUGGAAUGGGCGGGCGCGGGCGCGCUGACGCGCUGCACGCGCCUGGCGCGCCUGGAGCUGCGCGACAACCCCUGCUCGAGGCUGCACGCGAGGGCGCUGGCACAGCUGCCCGCCCUCACCACGCUGAUCCUGUCGGACGCGCGCGGGCUGACCGAGCUCCCGUCGCUGGAGGGCGGCGAGCGGCUGCACACGCUGCGCGCCGACCGCGCGCGCCUGCGGGCGCUGCCGCUGGACCUCUGCGUGCACGCUCCUCAUCUACGGGUGCUGGCGGUGCAGUCCAACGAGCUGGAAGAUCUGCCCGACCUCCGCGAGUGUGGAGAGCUGCGAGUCCUGGAUCUGUCCUGGAACCGCAUCUCGUUCCUGGAGGGCGGCGCGCUGCGCGGGCUGCGUGCGCUGACCGACCUGCUGCUGGCGGGCAACCAUCUGCGACGGGUCCCGCGGCAGGCCUUCGCGCACACGCCCGGCCUGCGCACCCUAAACCUUGAAAGCAACGAAAUUGAACACAUUGACAUCGAAGCUUUUGUGCCCAUACCCAACUUAGAGGAUUUGAACGUGGGCAACAACGUGUUCCCGCUGCUGCCGGGCGGCGGGCUGCAGCGCCUGCGCCGGCUGCGCGCGCACAACAACCCGCGCCUCACCAGCUUCCACCCGCCCGACGUGUUCCCCAGGAUCGAGACGCUGGUACUGUCGUACGCGUACCACUGCUGCGAGUACAUGCCGCUGAUGGCGGCGGUGGACGGGGGCUGGGCGGAGCCCCCGCCGGAGCCCGACGACGACGAGGGGGGCUUCACCGACGAGGUGCUGCCCCUGCCGCCGCACGUCGACCUGGCGCGCUGGGCCAACUCCUCCGACCUCUGGGCGCACUACCUGAACUCGACGGGCGUGGGCGACACGUGGCUGCGCAAGGCGCUGUCGGCGUGGGGCGCGGACACGAAGCAGGAGCGCGGCGUGCGAGCGGCGCCCUCUAGGCGAGUCCGCUGCUUACCAUUACCUGGGCCGUUCCUCCCGUGCGUGGACCUGUUCGACUGGUGGACGCUGCGCUGCGGCGUGUGGGCGGUGUUCCUGCUGGCGCUGCUCGGCAACGGCACCGUCGUCUUCGUGCUAGUCUUCAGCCGCUCACGCAUCGAUGUCCCGCGCUUUCUGGUCACCAACCUGGCGGCUGCUGACUUCUUCAUGGGGAUCUACCUUGGGUUUCUGGCGGUGGUGGACGCGGGCACGCUGGGCGAGUUCCGCGCGCACGCCAUCGCGUGGCAGAUGUCGGGCGCCUGCCGCCUCGCCGGCUUCCUCGGCGUGCUGUCCUCCGAGCUGUCCGUGUACACGCUGGCCGUGAUCACGCUCGAGCGCAACUACGCCAUCACGCACGCCAUGCACCUCAACAAGCGGCUCUCGCUGCGGCACGCCGCCGCCGUGAUGGGCGCCGGCUGGGCCUUCUCGCUCGGCGCCGCCGCCCUGCCGCUGUUCGGCGUCUCCGACUACCGCAAGUUCGCCGUCUGCCUGCCCUUCGAGACGGAGAACCCCGCCGCGCUAGGCUACGUGGUGGCGCUGCUCGCCAUCAACGGCGGCGCGUUCCUCGUGCUGCUCGGCUGCUACCUCAAGAUGUACUGCGCCAUUCGCGGCUCGCAGGCCUGGAACAGCAACGACUCGCGCAUCGCCAAGCGCAUGGCGCUGCUCGUCUUCACCGACUUCAUAUGCUGGUCGCCCAUCGCUUUCUUCGCACUAACGGCCGCGUUCGGCGCGCAGCUCGUCUCGCUCGAGGAGGCCAAGGUAUUCACGGUGUUCGUGCUGCCGCUGAACUCGUGCUGCAACCCGUUCCUGUACGCCAUACUGACGAAGCAGUUCAAGAAAGACUGCGCGCUCGUGUGCAAGGCCAUCGAGGAGUCGCGCGUGACGCGGGGCAUCGGGCGCUGCCGGCACUCGUCCAACUUCAGCAACCGGCAGACGCCGGCCAACACCAACAGCCUAGCGGAGCGCUCGUCGCGCGGCCCGCACCAGCCCGCGUGCGCCUGCGCGUGCCGCCGCCUGCUGCCGCCGCCCGCCGCGCCGCCCGCGCCGCGCGCGCGCCGCCUGCUGCGCUGGCUGCGUGCCUGCGGCCGCCGCGGCCCGCGGCCCGCGCAGCAGGCGCCGGCGCCGCGCACGCGCACGGCCACCGGCGCCGCGCCGGCCCGCGCCGGCUCCGUGUCGUCGUCGGUGGAGUUCUCGUCGUCGCGCUCGGACUCGUGGCGCGCGUACGGCCGCGCGCCGCCGCCGCCGCGCCGCGCCGCGUCGUGGCUGGUGGCGCGCAAGACGUCGCAGGACUCGAACCUGUCGUCGUCGCGCAACGACUCGUCGGGCUCGAACGCGACGGCGUCGACGGGCACGUGGCGCACGACGCGGUCGGGCGGCAGCGCGGCGGGCGCGGGGCGGCCGCGGCUGACGCGGCAGCCGGCCGUGUCGGGCGAGGAGCCGCCGCUGUCGCCGCCGGGCGCCGCGCUGCCGCCGCCGCGGCUGCUGCACACCAUCCCCUCGGCGGCGGAGGGCGAGGCGCCGCCCGACGACCCGGAGCCGCCGCACAAGCCCGCGCCGUGA